AUGUUUACCGGUGCCCAGGGCCCCCUCCCUCCCGGGCAGGUGACCGGCUCCACCGAUCUUCCCCCGGGCUUUAGCUUGGAGAGCAUCCCCCCUCUCACCAUCAAGGCCUUCCUGCAUGAGUCUUUCGUCACGGUGUCCGUCCGUCCGGAUUCCACCAUCGAGCGUCUGUCGGACAUCAUUGCCGAGGCCUUCAUCAAGCACUUUCCGAACAUCCCCUCCUUCUCCUGCUCGGCUCUGCUGGAUGAGGCCCUCGUCCCGUUGCAGUUUGCCGAUCUGGCUGGUCAUGUCCUGUCCAACGGGUCCAUCCUCCGAGUGGUCCCGAUCCCGCUGACCUCGCUCGAUGCCACCAGCCCCGGAGCCCUGGGCGUCGCUCGGGUGUCCACCGCGGCCAUGAUGGCCCCCUGCAAGGAUGCCCCACCGACCACGGCAGUCGUGUCGUCGUCGUCGUCGUCGGCGUCGUCGAUGACGACCACGAUGGCGGCCAGCGCCAGCGCCAGCACCAGCGCCGCCGCCACCGGGCUCUCCAUCGACAAGGAUGUUCCCCCUUCUGGCGAGGAGUCCCCCACCUCGGAAACCGAUGACACCACCACCUCCACCGCCUCCUCGACCGUGACCACCUCUUCCAUGACCACCGAGUCCUCGGACCAGCCACCGGCCAACUUCAAUCCCGCCGCCCGGCGAGGCUCGCAGCUGCUCUUCCAACUGGGCUCCAAUGCCGCCAUGUCCACCAACCUCAAGGACUAUGACCUGGUCGAGAAUGGCCCCCUCCCGCCGGCGGCCGCGGCCGCCCCGGCUACCGUUCUCUCGGCCGGCUCCUCCCUUGGCAGUCUGCUGGAGGAGGACUCGCCUUCCAUCCUGGCCAUUGAGCUGGAGACCCACGUCGAGCAGGGCCCCCCCUCGACCGGCGCCGCUCCGGUGGCUCCCUCGGUCGUGCCUGCCGCCGGCGCCGCGGCCGCGACUCCUUCCUCGGCCGCCACGCCGGCCAGCCCCAAUCAUGCGGUCCUGGCCAACCUCUUCUUCGAUGAUCAGGAGCUCUACAAUGCCCUGCGCAACCGGGCCUUCUUGCGCUCGUUCGCCGAGUUCUGCGAGUUCCAGUACUGCCUGGAGCCGGUGCUCUUCUGGAUGGACACCGAGGCCUUCCAGUUCCUGGCACGCGCGCAGGAUGCCCGCGAUCUGCAAGUCGGCCGCCUGGUCAAGAUGGCCGCCUGGAUUCAGGCCCAUUACAUCGACCCCGAGGGGCCGCUCCGCUUGAAUAUCCAUUCGAAUGCCCUGGCCACCAUUUCGGCUCCCUUCACCACCUCCUCGCCUCCCCGGGCCGAUGGCUUCCACAAUGCCCAAGCCCGCAUGUUCUCGGUCAUCCGUGAUGUGCUCCUCCCGCAGUACAUUCGAAGCCGGUUCUACCGGGAUCUCGAGCGACGCAUUCGUCGGGAUCCCACUUCCUAUCAGCAGGCCUACGUGGAGAACAUCGGCGAGCACUUUGCCAGCCUCCUGCGUGCCGAGGACUCGUGGUCGGUCUCUUGGAAGAAAAUCCCCGCUCCCAAGCCGGCCCCCGAUGCCCGGGCCAGCGCCGCCAACAGCCUCCCCCCCGUGGCACCAGUGUACAACGAGUCGCCGGAGCAAAUCCUCUCGAUUGUCCUCCGCCGGUACUGGCCCGAGGCUCCCUUCCCUCGGUUGUACUUCCUGGAGCGCCAGCGCGUCCUGGUGCAGAAGCGCCAGCAGCAGAUCCAGCUGAUCCGUCGGCUGCGGAAGUUCUUCGGGGACCAGCCGAUGCUCGAUUCGAUUGUCAACAUCUCGCCCAUGCGUUACUCGGCUGGACCGAAUGCCGGCGGCAUGCUCGAUGCGGCCGGGCGCUCUUCCUCGGCCCUCUUGUCGCCCUCCAGUUCGGGCCGCGUGGCGGCCACGCACUUUGCCAGUUCCUCGGCUCUGCCGCUGCUCGGGUCCGGGUCCAGCCUGUCGUUGGAUGACGGGUCCCAGGUGACGGCCUCCUCCUCCAGCGCUUCCAUCGCCAUGGCCGGCACCGGUGUCGGUGCUGCGCCGGCCGCCACCGCUGCUGCCGCUGCAUCUGGCACGGCCUCCGGCUCCGGGGGGGAGGCCACCUCCGGGGCCGCCGGUCCCAACCUCAAUUCGACCCUUCGCCUGGCGGAGGGCGGCAAGAGUGUCACCAAUGGCUCGGCCCGUUCGGUCAGCCUUAGCAUGGGCGUCCGGCCGACGCCCUCCGGGGGCGGCAGCGGCAGCGGGGCCCCAGGCUCGGGACUCAACCUCGGCUGGGGCAUCACCAGCUCCCUGUCGGUGGACAGCUUCGAUGACCUGCUGAAUGGCAUUGCCAACACGCCGAUCAUGGGCCAGCGCGCCGGGCCGGGGGCCCUGCGGCCGGCUUCCGGCUUUGGUCCCUACGAUUUGCAGAUGUCCUACAGCCACUCGAGCCACGAGCUGAAUGCCCAUCCGUCGCUGGCCGGCGGUGCUGGCGGUGCUGGCGGUGGUGCUGGCAGCGCUUCCGGCGACCGAUUCAUCAAGAUGCGCCGGGCGGAGAAACUCCAGGACUUCUUCGGCGACAAGCUCCCCUCGCAUGCGCUGGCCGACCAGAAGAUCCACCGGCCGGAAAACUUUGCCGCGGUGGAUCUUUCCCGCGAGGACCAGGACUCCACGGAUCCGCUGGGCACAUCGCACCACCAACAGUCCAAGGCCGGGGCCUCGUCCACGCGCUACCUCGGCCAGUUUGGCCUCUUUGCCGAGGAGGGCGGUGCUGCGGGCGGCUCCGGCUCCGGCGGCGGCUCCGGCGGCCGGGGGCAAAAUGUCCUCGGACCACGCGACAUCUUGGCCCCGGCACCCACGUCGAACAUCCUCACCUCCGAGGAGCGGCGCAUCCUCAUGAAGCGCUCGCGCAAGUUGAACCGCGUUCUUGGCAAUCCCAUUGGCGAGGAGUUCCUCCUGGAAACGGCCACCGCUGCGGCUCUCGCUGCUCAGCAGCAGCCAGCCUCCACGGUCACCGCCGCCGGCGCCGGAAGCACCGAUGGCCAUCAUCCCUCUCACCAUCGCGGCCCAUCGCCCCUCGGGAGCCUUGGCCGUGCCGCCUCCACCGAAUCAUGCCCCGGCUCGCCGCCGCCCCUGGCCAUGAACGUUCGUCGCAACACCGACCCCCUGGGCCGGACGCUGACACACGAGUCGAUUGCCAUUUCGGCGUCUGGGAUGAUCCCGGCCGGGGUGGAUGGCAGCAACCCGGCCACCUACUUCGGCUCGACCACCUCCUUGUCGAUGCACCACUCGGCUUCGGCUGGAACCCUGCGCGGGGGGAAUUCGCCUGGACCAGACAUCCUUGGCCAUGCGCAAGUUGGUUUGUGUGAUUCCCCGGCUGGGGGCUCCUCCUCGAUGGGUGGCACCCCGGUGGCCAUGGGCCUUCCGCCGGUCACCGGCACGGGCCAGCACACCGGCUCGCCCACUUCCCUCGCCUCGGGACUGGCGGCCCCGGCCGGUGGCCAGCUGUUGUCGUCGUCUUCCUCACAGCAACUUGGCUACCUUGCUCCACCAGGCACCAUGACCCGGGCCCCCUCGUCGAUCAUUGUCGGAUCCGGCGUGACCACCAUCGGCGGGCUGGCGACGCUCCCCUCGCCGGAGCCCCUGGCCUCGGACUUCCUGUCUUCCCGGCGGAGCACCUUCUUCAGCACCACGCAGGGGCUCGGCUCCGGCAUCGGUGGCACUGCCGGGGGGUCUGCCUCGGCCGGUGGGGCUGGCAUUGAUGACAUCGAUGCCGGGGCCCUGCUCAUGGCCACCGUGUCCUCGGACGAGGAGGAUGAUGAUCCGUACCAGCGCAAGGAGUACCGCCUGCGCAAGCUGUCCAAGCUCCAGGAGUUCCUCGGGGAGCGCCUCAACCGACAGCUACUGGAGUCCCAGCAGAUCAUCCCUCGGCCGCACAUGUCGCCGGAGGAGCGCCGCGCCCAGCAGAAGCGCCUGCGUAAGUUGGCCAGCGUCUUUGGGCAUCAUCCCCCCGCUCCGGGGGAAGGACCGACCGAUGACUUCCCCGCCGAUCAGAUGGCCUUCCUGCAGGACUCCUCCUCCAGCGGGGAUCUGUCAAGUUCGCUGCUCAUCCACCCGUCCGAUCCGCUGGAAGUGCGCAAUUCCAAGUCCAUCCGGGCACUGGCCUUCCUGGUGGACAAUCAGGAUGACAGUGAGCUGGAUGACUUCUUCAAGCGCAUUGCCGAUCUCGAGCUGGAGGAUUCAUCGUCAGCCGCGGCUGCCGUCGCCACUGCGGAUGUCUCCUCGCCGGUGGAUCCGGCUCGUGCGCGCCAGGCGCGUCAGAAGAAGUUGAAGAAGCUUCAGCGUUUCUUCGGUGAGACCUUCAGUGAAGAGGUGAUGAACAAGUACAAUCUCUUCGAAAACAUUACUCAGACCAUCGCCCGGACGAUGGAGACCGCCAGCGGCGCCGAUGCCCAGGCCAUUCUCGAGGACAUGGAGGAUCUCAAGGUCCGGGUGAUCCGACGCCUCAGCAUCGCCUCGUCGCAGCACAAUUCCUCCAACGAGACCACAUCCUUGGCGGGCUCCUACAAGUCGUCGGCCCUGUCGGCCGCCGCCUUGACCGACACGUCCCUGGAGACGUGUGCUCUUCUUUCAGACCCCGAUUAUCGGACUCUCGCAUCGGAGGAUAACCACCGGCGGACAUCCAGUCAGGCCCCCCCCUCGCCGCAUCCCUUCCCCCCAGCUCGCCGGCGCCCACUCCCCCUGGCGGAUGAUGCCAGCAGCGUGGCCUGCAAGUGCGGCACUCUCUAUCGCGAUGGCAGCACCUCGGAUGGCGGGGCCGCCCGGUGUGUGGCCUGCGGCCCUGCUUCGGGUCCGGGGGCGGUCGUCACCGGCACCGGAGCCGGCAGCGACCGCGGGCCGGUGUCCCACAACGGCGGCGGCGGCGGCGGCACCACCAGUGUCACCUCCGGCGAUGAGGGGGACCUGGAUGCGGCCGGCGCCUCGGGCGUGGCCACCGUGGCCCGCCACCCCUCGACCGGCUGCUCGGCAUCCUCCCUGUCGCACUUGGACGCCGCGUCGGCCCUCUCGCCCGAUCGCCGCCCGCGUGUGCACUCCCCCGCCGGCGCCGGCUCCACGAUGGCCAGCUUGACGUCCGAUAUCCCCAGCGACAUGGCCGACUCCUUCGAUGGCGGCAUUUCCUCCUCCUCGCUCGGUGACCUCGAUGGUGAUGCGGAUUUCGAGGAUGCCACCUCUGAUUCGACGGACAGUGAUGUUUGACAUCGGGGGGUCCUUCCUUCCCUCCCUCCCCCUCCCCCCUUCCCCCCCCC